CUCCCUACAAAAUUUAAUUAAAUUCAAAUUAACUUCAAAAAAUAUGGGUGGUCUAGAUUCAUUUUGUCAAUUAAAGAACGAUAACAACAACGAUUUAAACACUACAAUUACAACAACAACAAUUUCAUCAAAUAUUGUUGAAGAAGAUCCAUCUAUAGAAGCAUUGCAUAGAUUGAAGUCUACGUUUAGAACAAUUAUUGUUGUAAUUUCAGCACUUGGUGUCGCUGGUAAUAUUCUAAAUUUAAUGACGCUGCGAAGUCCAUCGCUUCGAAAUGUUCCGUUUAUGUUUAUUCGCGCAUUGGCACUUUUUGAUUUGAUAAGUCUAACAGCAAUUCUUCUACAUUUUUCACUUGAAUGGUUACAAAUUGAAUCUGAUAUAGUUAUUUUUUAUGAAGUUUGGGUACAAGAUGUUUUAAUUAAUUCUUUUUUGGUUGCUGGUUUAUAUUGUGCUGUUUUGUUAACAAUUGAACGAUUUUUAUUAAUUCGAAAACCUUUAUCAACUGGAAGACGUCUUUUAAGUAUAGAAAAUACUGUUUUGGUUAAAAUUGGUUUUGCUUUGUUAGCUGCUUUAUUAUUGCAUGCACCUAUGUCUUUACAGUGGCAAGCAAAAUGUUCGGAAUAUGAGCCUUUAAUUAAUAAUAAUGAGAAUAAAGAAAUCGAAGUCCACAAAGUAAGCUGCCUCCAUUGGGCUCGAGGGAAAUUCAACAAUAGAGAUUUAUUGUGCCGCGAACCUUUUUUUACUCUUUACAAUUAUUACAAAAUGGGACGUGAAUUGUUAAGAUUUUUCUGUGUUUUAUUGCUGGUUAUUUUAAAUGCUGUUAUUGCUAGACAUUUACAGGUUGCAAAGAGAAAUCGUCGUUUAUUAAUUAAACGUGUUAGUAUGACAACAACAGGAACUGAAGCAUCCGCAGUAGUAGAUCACAAACCUCCUCCUCUACAACACAACCAAAUUCAAAGAAAUAAUAGUUCUGCAAAUUCCCCAAUUUGUUCAAAUUGCCAUCAGAGACAUCAACAAAAUUUAAAUUGUUAUCAACAUCCAAAUGCUCGAGCAGCAAGUUCUUCACCUCCAGAUACUUAUUUUCAACAACAACAUUUUAAUAAUAAUAAUGAGCAGCAACAGCCUUGUCAUAUACGCCCAGCAACUCCAAGUAUAAGCAACAAUCGAAGAGAUAUAAAUACUUUAAUGCGUUCAUUUACUGAAAAGAAAUUGACUGCUUUAAUGGUGGCUAUUUGUGUUAUUUUUGUUGUAAUGGCAAUGCAAAACGAGUCUUUAGACAAUGCUUUUAGUUUUCAAGUUUUUCGUCAAGUAGCCAAUACAGCUGAAGUAUUAAACCAUUGCCUCAACUUUUUUAUUUUUUGUAUGGCCUCUUCAGAAUAUUGUCGAGCAUUUUUGUCACUCAAACCUGUUCAUUGUUUACUCCGCUAUUUUCCUUUUUGUAAUGCUUUGGCACAUGCAAGAAUUAGUGGUUCUGUUAGACGGUUUGUUGGGUUUUUAAAUUAA